AAUAGGCAGUUUCGAGCGAGAUGGCUGUGCAACUACAUUGAUCUGUUAAAAAAAUGAAAAAGCAAUAGAAUAUUUCAGUUUUUAGUACUCUGAAUGAACAAUUCUCGAUAAUCAGUAUGGAAUUGCUUGAUUCCUUUAGAUAUAGUGAGAGUUUCCACGAAGUUUUCGUCAGAAAUCUCGCAAACAGGAAAGGCAAGGACGACAAAAUAAAGCGUAAGGAACGUAGCAAUAAGGUACAGACGGAAGAGUCUUCAUCGUGGAUUGAAAUCGCGCCAAACGCAUCAAAAUUUGCUGUCUAUAAUGCAGUGCGCUCUAUUGUGCUGGAGGUGGAAACAAAAAGUUCUAGAUCUAAUGGGACCACUUGCAAACUGGUUAAAUCGUUCUGCUGCCAUCAGAAUUCCAGCAACGAUAAUGAGCAAAAUUGUCUCUCAUGUAAAGAAAAAUCAAAGGAUUCAUUGAAAGAUGGUGGAGUUCCAGAAUUCGAUUUUGAAGAUAAUUUUGAGCUCGAAGAGCAGCAGACAUGUAGCAUACCAAAGAUUGUCGGAGCAGGAUUAGAAAGCUUGUUUGAAAUUAUAUCGGAAACAAGAACGGAACAUCCUAGGAUAUGCACGAAAGCUUUAAAAUCGCUCUAUGAUAUUAUCCAAGGUCAAGAUCCUGAAAGUUUUCGAAAUGAACCCGAUAAACUGUUUGAUUCAUUGUACGAUAUUUUGUUAGAAUUGGCCACAAUGCAUACUCAGUCGCCAGGAAAUGCGAAUACACAUUCGAAAGAUAUCAACUGGUCCUCAAUCAGUUGCUCCACUCUAUUGGCUCUCUGUACUGCCAAAGGGGAUACUGGAAAAUUACUAAAAGCUGUCACCUCUAUUUUGAUGUCACCAAAGAUUCUUUCGGCUCAAUUAAUCCAGUUACCAUUUAGUAUCAUCAAAUUGCAACGUAGUGUACACUCUGUUGCUCUUAGUAAACUCAACAUUCCUGAUUACUAUACCUAUGGAAUAUCACAAAAUAGUUUGAUAGACUAUUUCAACAUCAAAGACUAUAUGUUUGUAGAUCAAGUUUUUACUCCUAAUUGUAUUGCUUCGGAUGGCAAAUAUAUCUAUAUACUGAUAUCGAAAUCGUUGGUGAAGAUCGGAUCUGGUUUUAGCGGCACUGUACCUGGUUUUAUCUAUGGAAUAGCCAAAGAUUUUGGCAAAGAUAAAAACGAAUGGAUUGGUUACUGUAACAAUAAACUUUUCUACAAAAAAUUGUCGAAGCGUAACUUGGAUAAUUUGCUGGUGGUGGAUACAGGAACAUUACAAAUUACUGGUUCUAUGCAAACUCAGGCAACUAUAUCUAUGAAAGAUGGCAAUAAUUGCCUGUUGUUUACGGACGGCGAUGCCAUUUCCUGCAUAUGUACGUCUUCAGGCAGUGACAAUUUGCUAGUGAAGCAACUUUACUCAAAAAACUCAUUUGCGUUUGAUCUCAGUUUGAAAUUGGCUAGAAAUGGAUUCCAUACUUUGGGUUACUCUAUUUUUGAAGAAGAGAUAUUGAGCGAAAAUCAACAGAAAAAGAUCCAAAGUUCUAACAACAAUUUCAUUCCAUCACUGCCCGUAGAGGUUGAUCUAGUCGGUAUAUCAUGUGGAAAGGAGUUCGGUUUGGUACUUGGCAGUAAUGGUAAAGUGUUUUACUUUGGCAAAGGUAACAGCCUUGGACUAAAGGCGGUUGGCAAAAAUCCCAGUAUGAAAUUGAAUGAGAUUGUUAUACCGAAACCUACUAGUUUUACGCAAGUUACUGUUGGUCAUGAUGGCAUCCACGCUCUUCUUCUCAAUGAAGAUGGCACUGUAUAUUUUGCAGGUACUGCUCGAAGAGGCGAAGAUGGUGAGCAGUCUAAAAAUCGCAGACAGCUGAAAGCCAUGAAACCAAAAAAAGUGGGAAAGGUCGAUGGCUACUUUAUUACGAAUGUUUCAUGUAACAACGGCACCUCGGCAUUUGUAACAAAAGAUGGAAAACUGAUCAUUUUUGGCAAAGACACAAACUAUUGUGACUCAUCCGGAAUCGUGACAGGCUUGAACGAAGCUCAUAUAGUGAAAGUAGCUCUCGGAAAAGCGCAUUGUGUUACACUUGAUGCCAAAGGUCAAUUGUACACGUUUGGAUUGAACAACAAAGGUCAAUGCGGAAGAAAGUUUUCGAAGGAUCGUAAUGAAGAUACGUUUGAUCCCAAGACUAAACAGCAAUCCUUCAAACCCAUGUGCCCGAUUGAUGAGCAUAAUAUUGUUGAUGGCAAAUGUCGAAUAUGUUUUGUGUGUCGCGAGUGUACUGGGUACAAUACUGCAUGUGUUUCAUCUAAAAAAAUUUAUGUCAAUGAACGUAUCCCCGGGACCACAUGCUCCUGUGGUCACGGUAGUGCCGGAUGCUCCAAAUGUGGAAGUUGUAGCACAUGUGUUGCAUCACAAGAAAAUGGAUCAUUACAAUGUGAAAGCAACCAUGAUACCCCAACAACGACCGAUAAAACCAAAGAUGCACUGCAUCGAAAAUACGAUAAUCUGAAACAAGGAGAAGAAGGGAAUCAGCUUUCUGAUACAGAUGCGCCACGGGUUGCCCCAGUUCCCCCUCAACGAGUUGAGUUAGCAACCAAAAGUCCUAUCGUGCAGAUUAGUUGUGGAUUGCAUCAUACUGUUGUACUUACUUUAUCCGGUGAGGUUUUUACAUUUGGAAGUAAUCAAUAUGGUCAACUGGGUACUGGUGAUCUGCAACCGAUAUCUGGUGCUCACUUAGUGAAGAUUCCACAUAUGGUCAGCCAAGUUGCUGCUGGUAGCAAUCAUACGGUAGUACUAACAUCAAAAGGCAUUGUGUACACGUUUGGAAACUAUCAAAAAGGGCAGUUAGGAAGACUACCUGGAGAAACUAACUUAACAGCCGGAUCGGACAUUUAUGGAAAUUUGAAUAACUUAUCUGGCAGAAUUGAUUCCAAUGAUAGAGCUAGCGCUGCUGAUAUACUUAUGCAGAGGCAGAAGUAUUUGUGGAACUGUUCACCAGGUGCAGUAAGUGGCAUCGGACCAUCUACAGGAAAAAAAGCUUCUUGGAUUGGUGCAAGUGGCGAUCAAACCUUCAUCAAAAUAGAUGAAUCGUUAGUGAAUGCUUCGAUGCUGUCCAAAUUUGGUGUUGUGGCCGAUAAAAAUACAAUAUUGCUGAUACCGAACAACCAGCAUCAGCUAAAUUGCAUCGCCAUCAAUAGGCGUAAUGGUAACUGUAAAGCUCAUAACUUGAAUCAGUUCGAUUUCAGAACAAUCAUUGAAAAAAUUGAUGAAAAAGACCAACAGUACAAUAGAAAACGAAUCAAAGUCCAUCUUCCGCAGCCACAACCGUAUCAGAAAGUAGAAGAAAUACUAGACAACCAGGAUUUAGUGCUAUCAGAGCUAGACCACGAUUCAAAAUAUGCUGGUGAUGGAAGCAAGCAGUCAAUUGUAAAUUUUGCUUUUACAAUGGAUCCCUGUUUCAAUGUACUUUGGGGAUUCGAUAGCGUUUCGAAAAGUAUGAUGUUUUUCAACGUUAUUGCUUCAGAAAUAUCAUCAAGUACUGAGCACGCCCGGGAUCUUAUUGCUAUUCUUACACCAGAAAUCGCUUUACCAACUCAGACAAAUUAUGAAGUUACCCGUUAUCAAGCUUCGUUGAAUAUUCUAGCUUCUCUGGACAUUCUCACUACUAAUCAAAAAGCACUUAAGAAGUGCUUUGUUCCAUCGGAUAUAAAUCUUAAAACUAGCACUGAUGGUAAGGAUAAUUGCGAGUAUAACACAGUUUGCAGAUUUGAAAGUUUUGGUGGUGGAUGGGGUUAUUCCAGCUAUAGUGUUGAAGCUAUCCGAUUCAUGAGUGACACUGAUGUUAUCGUUGGGGGUUUCGGAAUGUAUGGUGGGCGUGGUGAAUAUACCUGCAAACUAAAACUAUACGAUUUGGGAUAUGAUGGUGGUACGAGCGAGAAGGAUGGUGUGAUUAUAUCGGAAGUUGAGGAGGUUCCAUUUGAAUGUCCGUCGAAAUGCAAAUUUAAUAUUACACUGCCGCAACCAAUUACAAUUAGUGCAGAACGAUGGUAUCUAGUGUUGGCUAAGAUAUCUGGACCUUCAUCGGAUUGUGGUUCUUCAGGACAGUCUUCUAUUACAACUUCUGACAAUGUGGUGUUUCAUUUCAAAACAUCAAAAAAAGCUAAUAACGGAACAAACGUUAGCUCAGGUCAAAUUCCGUCCAUUUUGUACAGGGUUAUUUCACUAAAUAGUAAAUCAGUUUUCCCAUCUAUUCCGAACGAGCCUGUAUGCAAACUCUCGAAACAUUUUGCAAAUACUCUUACGAAAGAUUGUUUUGAAAGUUUGGUUAUGUUACUGAAUUGGUCGUGGAGUUCAUUCAAGGUUUCAACAGCGGAUAUUCUCGAAACUCGGAAGACAAACCAAAACAUAAUUUCACUCAAUAGGCUGGUCUAUAUUUGUAAAGCGAGUUUGAGACUGUUGAGAAAAUAUGUCAACGAUAUUUAUCCGUACAAUGGUUUCAGUAAUAGCGAAAAAUCUGCUAGUAAAAUGAAAACGAUUAGUACAAGAACAGAUUCAAAACAGGAAAAGUCCCCAAAAUCAAAAGCAUAUGAAGGAAAUGGUCUAGCAUCGUCAUUAGAAAACAAAACUGAUCUUAAGGCUAAUGACAGUAACAUAAUGGAAAUUAAUACUCCAAUGACAAACAAAAAGGUAGCUUCCGAAAACAUACAACUAGCUGAAUGCAUCGGAGAUGUACGUGCAUUAUUGACGCAAAUACUUUGUGACGAAUUACCUUAUCAGUCCGGAAACGAAAUAUGCUCAAUGAUACUAGAUGUACUUGACGAAUGUCACACUACAUUCGUAAACUGCUUCAAUGCGUUUUAUCCAACUUCUUUCCUCAAAUGGAACUGCAUAUGCAAUCUACUGGCUCAGAUUGAUAAGGGUAUUUUACAUUCACGCUUGCUAAGUGGUGUUUUAGCCGGGCUUUGUGAUCCAAAUAUUAACUUGCGAUCUACGUUUUCCAUGCUUUCUCCAAAUGUGGAAUAUAAAUCUCUCACCAGUCCAAGUGACAAUUUGGGUUUUCCAAUGCUAGUCAGUUCUGAAAACUAUCAGUAUCCUAUAUUGGUCGAACAAAUGUUAUAUCGCACACAAAAGGAAAAAACUAUCACUUGUAAUUCUUGGACAUUCAAGGAUGUUUUGAAUCGCUUAUUGGAUAUCGUAGCGAAGCCUAUUCGUUUAAAAAUUGAAAAUAUUUACAACAAUCAAAGCACUGAUAUAUAUAAUGGUGAUGGAAUGAAACGUCGACUGAAUAACAACCUGAUUACAAAUUCUUGCCGAUUAUUAUCUAAAGUGUUGGCAGAAAUAAUCUACCAAAACUGUACGAUUGAUAAUGAAACAGCAAUCGUGCCUUCCAACGUUCUACAUUCAAGUGGUAACCGAUUUGCAAAAGUUGAUGUCAGUAAAACAUGGAACACGGGAAACUUUGGUCCAGAUGCGAUUGCAUUCACUGUCGACAGACCUGGCAUAUCAAUUGCUGGAGCUUGUGUAUAUUCUGGGUCUGGUAGCUAUGAAUAUCAACUGGAAUUGUUAUAUGAUAGCAUGGAAUCUAAAAGUCAACUACAGCACAAAUGGGAAGUAAUCGAGUCGUUCGUGGGAGCAUACGAUCAAAGCAUGGUUAAAAAUUUCAUGGCCGAAAUUAAAUUUGAUCGUGCAAUAAAUAUCAAAGAGAAUGUUCGGUACGCUCUUCGUCUGUGCUCUCAAGGUGCACGAACCUGUUCCGGAGAUGGUGGAUUUGCAGCGAUUCGUGGUCCUUGUGGUGUUACAUUCAAAUUUUAUCCGUGCGAUUUAAGCUUCAACGGAACUACCCCUACUAGAGGUCAGAUUCCUUGUGUAUUAUACUACAGUAUUCCAACAAUAAACGACAGUUAUUCUGGAAAAUACAGUAAGGAAUCGCAUGCUAGAGACAUCGCCCUUCAAAUUUCUUCUGAUGUAACAACCAGAUGCAAAGACUUGUUAAUUCACGCAAGAAAUGCAAUAGCGUUUUCAUCAACAUCUAGCGAUAAAAGUUCUAAUUCUUCUCGCAAUACUCACACCGUGGACUCCGAACAUAACAUCACCCCAAUUGAGGAGCAUCUCGAUAUUGCUUGGAUCAACAAUUCCGAUAUAGCGAAUGUGAACAACGUAACAAGCAGUAAUUUCGAUCACAACUCCUCUACGGCAAAAGAUAUUACUAAACGAAUCGAAAAUUUCUCCAAAGGAAUCAUUGAAACGUUGAAGUUCGAUAAAAAGUCAAGAAAUUCAAUAGACUUUGACAUAGAAAUUGAAAUAGGUGCUGAGGAAAUAACACCGAACGAUUACGUUGAUGAUAAAAACAAUAAGCUGGAUUCGAUAUCAAAUGGAAACACUUCCGGGAUAGGGAUGCAUAGUAAAGCUGAAAAUUUCUCAAUGCUAAACGACGCUGGAAGUGAUGUGGAGGAGUUCAAUAAUCAAUUAAAUCAGGAACGUAUAAUUCAACUAUUCUCAGCAGAAGACUCUUGUUUGUUUACAAUGCUACUACCCUUAACGUUUGCCCAUAUCGGACCACUAGUGUGUUGUAAUCUCAAGAGUUCCGUGGAGGUUCUUAGUUUGGUUAGGGCUAUUUUACCGCACGUUUCCGCCCUCAAUCAAAUCAAUAAUUUUAAAUUAUAUGAUUUGAGUAAAACCGACCCAAGCGAUGCGAUUCGUAAAUCUAUGAACUCGGAUCAAAACGAUUUGUGUACAACUAGCCACUAUUAUUGCAUAGUGGAAAGUGAGCAUCCUUAUAAAUCAAGUACAGUGACAAACUACAGAGUCGAGUUUCCUCCAAAUGUGCGCUGGAUGACUAUUGAGUUCGAUCCACAAAGCGGUACUGUUCAACCAGAAGAUUAUGUUUACGUAAAGAUUCCAAAAUAUCACGAAACUAAUCAGGUAGAUAGAUCUUUCGUUAGUGAUAAAUCUGCUUCCUCAUUCAACUUUCGAAAAAGCAAGAAAGUUAAAUUGGAGACCAACGUCAAACCUGAGACAUCCAAUAAAGCAGAAUUUGCAGAAAUUGAGUGGAUCAAUAUUAAAAAGUUUAACACAUCACAGAACUGGUGUAAUAAUGCAAUCGUACUUCCUGGAAACCAGCUUGAAAUUUCACUAGAGACCGCUUCAACGUAUAUUCGAGAACAGAAAGGCAAUAAGUAUGGCUUUAAGUGUUCGAUAAUUGGUUACGACAAUAAAAGCUUGGUUAAAUUUCCAAGCACUUCAUUGAUUCAUUUAGAGUACGAACUAUCUUAUUUGGGAGGUUUGUGCAGUGCAAACUUAUUAAAAAAGGAUUUGUCUUUUUCUGAUGAUAUUAAUGAAAGUAUGGUUAACAUUGAAGAAACCGUAAAGAAGCACACCCCGCUACUAUCGAAAGGGUUAAUGGUAUCUGAUUCUGUACUAACUAUCAACAAUGCUCUAGAAUCAAAUCUGCCAAUCACAGAGCAAAGCUACGAAAAACAAUUUUUGAAGGACUUCAUCUACGUUGCUGCGGGAUCUCCUGGGGCACGGUUGGCCGCUUGGUUACAACCCGAGUCACGACUUGAUCCAAACAAAUGUGAAAUUAAAAUGUCACAAGAACCAUUGCGUUGUGGUUGGCCAUCUCAUUUCAUCAUCGAGACGCGAGAUCAAUAUGGAGACGAGAUAUUCGUUCCAGGUAUUAAGGUGAGUACACUGAUAAAAACCACAUCGAUGGUGACUGAUAGCAUUAUAUUUACGAUAAAACAGAUUGAAGUUAAGGCAUCCCUAGGAAGCAAUUUAAUUUCUGAAAGUAAUCGAAAGUUGCACAUGAAGUCACGUAACGACUCACUAUACUUGGGCGGUGCUGCAUUACCUCCCAAGCUAAGCUACGAAUGCACCUUCAAAGAAAAAGAAAAAAGUUGUUUAAAAGCCAUCACUGCUAUGAAGCCAUUCCAACCGUAUUCUUUUGAAGAAUUGCGGUAUUGCAAUACUAUUCAAAAUAAAACAACAGAGGUGCUAACAGCAAACGACCUGGGUAAUAACACAUAUGGCGUGUUUUGGACACCAAGUGUGCCUGGGAAUUACAGCCUCACCAUUACAAUAGAUGGUGCUUGUGUGGAAGAAAUUUAUCGUGUAGACGUGAUAGAUGCUGGUCUACCGCCAUUAUCGCAGGAAACCACACUGAAGAAAGUACAACCGCCGACCAAGUUACGUAAAUUCAUAGCGAAAAAUUCAGCAGGUCUGCGUGUGCGAUUACAUCCUACGCUGCAGUCUGAUCAGAUUGGAAUUGUCAAAUUGAACGGCAUAGUUUCCUACAUUGAUGAGAUGGAAAAUGAUGACGGGUUAUGGGUCCGGCUGUCAACAGAAUCAAUUCGUGAACAUUGUACCUCAAGCUGGUUUCCUACCGAGGCUUGGUGUCUGCAGUAUAAUCAACACUUGGGCAAGACGCUGUUGCACCCGAUUUUGGAGUCCAGUUCAACCAAAGCUUUGAUGGAACAGGUAGAUCAAAGCAGUCCCACAACUUCUGAUGCUAAUGAAGAAAAUGAGAACACUAUUGAUUAUUUUGAUUUUAUGAAGACGGAUCGUCCUACCAGCGAAGCAACCAAUGAUGAGGACCCAGCGGCAGCCAACCUAUUGCAGAUUGCGGAAAUUUUGGAAGAUAGUCCUAUGAGUACAACAAAUAUCAAUGUUGGUAACCUAAAUCAGAGCAAUAUAGGAGCAGCCAUAGCGGGUGUUGUAGGAGGAGGUGCCAAGAAAAUGCAAGCUUUACAGAAAUGGCUGAAAGGCGACAGCUUUGAGGAAAAUGACUUACCAAAAAAGCGUAAAAGCGAAGGAGGCGAACCAAGAAGCAAUGGCAAUCGAUCAUUUGACCGUAGUAGAAGUGUCAGUCCAGAAAUGUUCUUGUUGCGAAGAUGCGAUUCGUCUAACAGUACAAAAUCUGAUGCAUCGAAAAAUGUGCAAGGAAAAGGGCUUUUGAAGGUAGAUGGAAACAUGGAUGAUAGUAAAUCGCAAGAUAAUCUGUCUAAUCCUGAAGGAAGUUUUACUUCUGGCAUCCCGUUCAGCAACAAAUCAUUGAAAAUAGAAUCUAAAGAGCUACCAAAACGUGCUUUAUCCCCAUCGAUAGCUGAAACAUUGCGAGCUGUAUUUUCAGCUUUUUUAUGGCACGAAGGUCUCGUGCAUGAUGCCAUGGCUUGUGCAUCGUUUCUCAAAUUUCAUCCUAGUAUAUCAAAGAAAGAAAGCGAAAAUCUUCCCAUCGGAAAUCCCCACGAGCAUUUACUAACGCGGGAACAGAAAGUACUACAGCGUCAUUCCGUAGAAAUAUCGAACGCAGGAACCUACUUGAAUAUUCGACCAUCUACACUAGAAACAUUGGCUAAAAUCGGAAAUUGCUGUGUUCACAAUCGUAAGCUGCGUCACCGCAAUGCGGACAUUUUCUCUUCUAAAGAAGGUGAAUUUACUCAGCUCAGUGCUUUGCCACCAGCUUUGCGGUGCUUAGUGUACGUGUGGGAUCAGCUUUGUUGUAAUUUUAUACAUUUGGUGGAAACAAAUUCAAAUGAUAAGGAAAACGAUUUUAGUUCAUUGAAAUCGAAUAAAUCGAGUGAUGAAAAAGCGACCAAAGGAUCCGUACAAAAAAAAGCUGAAGAUGGAUGUUGGUGCGAGCUAUGCGAUGUUUUUCUGCCGAUCCCUGUAACUUACCAUAUGAGAAUAGUCCACCCAGGAUGUGGAAAAUAUGCUAAAGGAAAAGGUUACAACUCCAUCGGAGUAUACUGUGAAGGAUGGGCUGGAAAUUGUGGUGAUGGUGGUCAAGGGGUUUCUAGUUGGUACCUAAUGUGUGAAAAGUGUAGACAAAAAUACGUGAAUUGUGCAAAAGUUGUUAAUUAUAACGAAGGAAAUAAUACUGGUACUAAGACAGAUGGCAGUUCGAAUAUUCUGCUAGGAUUUGGUGCAGAAUCAACUAUACCUUCGGAGCUUUUUACUAUUAUGAAAGAGAACUCAUUUUUCCUACUGGAAUUAAAUUCCUAUAAUGGAGGACUCAUAAACAAACAUUCCAACUCCACAUCUGAUGGAAUAGACACCCAAGAACAUUCCAAUAAUAGCAAAUACAGGACAGUAGAUUUGAACGAUUCAUAUGAUUCAAGCUACUAUUUUGAUGAUAAAAACAUCAACUGGAGUGGUGGAGCUAAAAAGGAUACUAGCAGGCAUUUAUACGAUAGCUCGUCUGAGCUUAUGUGGCCUCCUCCUGACAUAUUAUCAUGCUUGGAUACACUUGGUGCUAAGACCAGCAACGAUCUGACUUACGAUCUACUAGGAAUGAAUAUGACAGACAUCCACGCCUAUGAUUUAAAGCAGGUAUUAGAUGAUGCGCCAAUGGAGAUAGCUGACGCUUAUACUAAUAACGUACCGAUUUCACCAGCAAUUCCAACAACCAGUAAAUUUCAUCGCAGUUUUUCCAUGGGGCAAGGAUGGAAUUCCCAUCAAAGUAAAUUAGUAUCAGAAUGCAAUCCACAGAUUAAAAUAGAAAAUGGCACAAAACAUGAUGUAACUAGUAACGUAGUGAUGAGACGUAAAAAGCAUUGCACUUGCACAAGUGCAGGCUCAAAUCUUCUGAAUUAUCCAUCCAUCAAUUUGCAAAAAUUAGUGCCGGAUUAUUUGCUAAGUAAUAAUCUUUCGAAAGAUUCCACCCCAACUAGUAAAAACAAGAAUAAGUUGAAUAGUAAAAUCAAUGACAAGAAUAACAUUCAAACUAAUUCAAGGACAGUGUUUAUGGCAAAUGGGAAAAAAGCUGAAGAAAUCAACUUUUCUGAAUUCUUAGAGAUGUACCACAGCAACACACGGGAGAAUUGCCACAAGGUCAAAAGUACAAACGACAAAUUUGAUGUGGCUGCGUCAGAAAGCAUCAAUUCAGUUGGCAAGAUGGAUAUUCAAGUUGGUGCGUUGUCGCUUCUCAAUAGACCAUCGAUGACUUUUAUGUUGGAGAAGCACGACUUGAAAAAAUUACGCCAUUCAAUGACUCGGAAUCUCAGAAAGACCGUUUGCAACAUUUACAGCUUACAGGCAUUGAAUUGGUUAUUAAGGUCUGUCACUCAACCGAUCGGUUUGCAUGACAUCAUGUGGUGGUUUAUUUCAUCUCUCUCAUACUCUACACAUGACAAUGAAUAUGAAUUCAAGUUUGAUGAUGGAGUUCUUGGUCUUGAACAUCCUGGCUCUGAUCAAUUUAACGGGCCUCUAUCGCAAACACUUUCUCAGAGUUUACAUUUUCUACUACAAACGAUAGCAGAUCUAACUUUGCUUUUACCAUCGGGGUCCUCCCUGCAAAAAUCGGCCGUUCAAUGUUUUGGUCUCAAGUUCAAACAAUCCGACCAUCAGUUCCUACAUCGAUCGCACGUAUUCGGUAAUAUAUCAAAAAUAUUAUCCAAAUCAGAGGAGCAAAAUGAAGAAAACCUGGUUCCAUCAAUGGGAAUGCUUAACUCCUACACAAAUACUAUAGAAGCGUAUUUGGAUGAUUGUAUAAAAGUAAAUUUGCUUAGCGAUAUCACUGAAAUUUUUGAUCUCAUUGUGUCAUCUCGACCGGCACUGGCAAAUUCUUUAAUCGACAACUCGACCGAAACAUUCUGGGAAAGCGAUGAAGAGGAUCGGAAUAAGCCAAAAAUAAUCGAGCUUACUAUGAAUCGAACAAAUUACCAUUGUAAAAUUAUCUAUGUGCAUAUUGAUAAUAGUCGGGAUAUUGGGAGUAAAGUUUCUAGCAUACUGGUGUAUGGCGGAAGUUCUUUCGGCGAAACAUCACUACAGAAAACGGUUGAAGUUGAUCCUUUAGCUUGUUGCUGGAUAUCGGCACCAAUCACAGACGAUGACAGCACUCACUAUCGAUUGGAGUUUCGUGGACCGGAGGCUACACUUCGCGUUCGUCAAAUUAAGUUACUAGGCUACAGUGCUGAAGAAAAAGCGGCUCAAUUCAAGUACAAUUUGAAAAUGAUUAAUGCAAACUAUAUACAACAAAAAAAUUGUGAAACUGAAACGCUGCGUGUGUUUCGUUUGCUAACUGGACAGGUUUUUGGAAAGCUUAUAAUUGAAAGUGGUAAAACCAUUAACUUGGCUGGUAGUAACACACCGAUGUCUUGCAAGAACAACGAAUCAACGGCAAUUUCAUCGUCAACGGAGUCGUUAGAUUUACGAGAACACAUGGUUGGUAUAUUGUUCAGUCGCAGUAAAUUAAGCCAUCUUCAGAAGCAAAUCAUAGUUCACAUCGUGCAUGCAAUACAGAAAGAAGCUUUACGAUCGCGUGAAGAGUGGGAGCAUAAUGUGCUGUAUAGUGCAGACAACGAAACGGAUUUUGAAGAUAAUAUCAAAUUAAAUGAUACUUAUUGUUUCGAAAUGUUGAGCAUGGUACUGGCAUUGUCUGGUAGUGCCGUAGGAAGAUCUUAUUUAUCACAUCAGCAUGGAUUAUUGAAAGAUUUAUUGUCCCUGCUACAUACCGGUAGCGAUCGAGUGCAGCGUCAAGUUACAGCUCUGAUACGACGUAUACUACCUGAGAUUACACCUGAAACUUUAUGCGAAUUGCUAGUGGUUGAAAAGAUCCCAGAAACAGACUUUAACCUUCUCAGUCAGAAUAAUGAAACAUUCAACAUGAAUAAAUGUGGUAUCUUAGAUAUUUUCUUGGCAGUUAUAGCUAAGGCUCUACAAGUACAAAUAAAAGUAAAAAAUAAUUCAAAUAAAAACCCUCCAACAAUGAAGUUGUGGCGGUACAUGAACAUAUGUAAAAUUGACGACUAUGACAAAUCUACACUCCAUAAACAUUCGACUACUAACUCACAAAUUAGUAAUGGAGAAUCGGACCGUAUAGCAACCAACACCAAAGAAAGUCCUGUAGCCGACCAGUACGAAUUUGAUGCUUCGUCUUCGGAAUUUCUUGAUGAUAAAACAAACGAUGAUAAUUCGAUAGCCUUCGAUGGUUACCGAGCCAAACCAGGCAUUCGAAUUGAGCCACCUAUUAAGCCUCGUUGGUUCCUCAAUGGAACUAUCUCGUCGAAACAAGCAGAGAACAUAAUGACGCUUAUACGUGACAUGGCUAACGGAAGGUUGUCGGACAAAUGGUCAUUGAUCACAAAAGCUGCAAUUGCGGAGUGCAUUUUAAACAUCACGCGACUUUCCGACGUUUAUCGAGUACCCGAGAGCUGUAUGACAACACCUACAUUAUGGUUGACACUAGCCAGUCUAUGCGUUCUUGAUCGUGAUCACGUAGAGAAAUUAUCAUCUAGUCAAUGGUCGAAGCAAUCUGAAUCCAGACCACUCUGUUCCAAUCACGAUGAUGAUGUUACGUACGCUAUGAUAAUUUGUAGUCUCUGUGGGUCACUAUGCUCUGAUUGUGAUCGGUUUCUUCAUCUGCACCGCAAGACAAGGAAUCAUUAUAGAACGGUCUGUAAAGAGGAAGAGGAAGCCAUACGUGUUGAACUACACGAAAGUUGUGGUCGGGCGAAACUUUUCUGGCUGCUUGCGUUGGUGGACUCCAAAACCUUGAAAGGAAUGCUGGAAUUCAGAAAUGGCAAUAACACAUUAGUAUGUGACCCACCGAAUGCAAUAGGAGUUUGUCGUUUCUGCGGCAUUACUGGGUCCACUGGACUGUUGGCAGUAGGGAACGUUUGCGUUGACCAACAAUGCCAGGAGUAUGCAGCAAAUGCUUGCACAAAAUUGCUUCCGUGCGGCCAUCUUUGUGGAGGUAUCGUCAAUGAGGAAAGGUGCUUGCCUUGUCUUCAGCAAAAAUGUCUGGCAGCAGAAAUUAAAACAAAUGAAAAAGAACCCAAACUAACUCAAGAUGCGGAUGAUAUGUGCAUGAUAUGUUUUACGGAAGCACUUUCGUCUGCACCUUCCAUACAACUAGAUUGCGGACAUGUGUUUCACUGCCAUUGCAGCAAAGCAGUUCUUAUUCGGCGCUGGAAUGGACCUAGAAUCAGCUUUGGAUUCUCGCAAUGUCCUAUAUGUAAGAUGGACAUCCAACACUCAGCCCUGAUGGAUAUUUUGGAACCCAUUGUGUCUCUGAAAGCCGAUGUGAAAAGAAAAGCUUUAAUGAGACUAGAGUAUGAAGGGUUAGCUAAAACAUUGGACAAUAAAAAUUUGGCUGCCUAUGCUAUGGAACGGUAUGCUUAUUACGUGUGUAGUCAGUGUGAUAAGGCUUACUAUGGAGGAGAAGCCCGGUGUGAUGCGGAACUCGGUGAGAACUAUGAUCCACAGGAACUUGUAUGUGGUGGCUGUAGUGAUGUAGUUAAAGCUAAGAUGUGUCCGAAGCAUGGAACCGAUUUUCUAGAAUAUAAAUGUCGCUACUGCUGCUCAGUGGCAGUAUUUUUCUGCUUUGGCACGACACACUUUUGCGACACCUGCCAUGAUGAUUUUCAGCGGCUAACAAACAUUCCAAAAAAUAAACUACCGAAAUGUCCUGCUGGCCCCAAGGCAAAGCAAUUGAUUGGAGAAGAGUGUCCCUUGCACGUGAUACAUCCACCAACAGGAGAGGAGUUCGCUUUGGGGUGUGGCAUCUGCCGGAACGCGCAUACAUUUUGAGAUUUAUUUAAACAUAAUUUUGCGUAUUUAUAACUUGUACUCUCUGGUUAACGCAGUAUUGAAAACUCAAAUUGCGUGUUUUAGCUCUAAUUAUAUUUAUUACUGCAAACAAUUGGAAAUAAAAUUAGUUCAACUAAUGUUUCAGUAUUGAUGUCUCAUCUAGUUGUUCAAAAUUCGGUGUCAAAAAGAUGUGAUGUUUGAUUAUUUAUUGCACUAAAAUAAUCUUACUGAAAGUUUAUGAUCUCAAUUCAUCAAAUAAUUAAAUCAUUUUAUUUAAAGAUAAAAAUCACAUUAGAAGCGGAAAAUGACACAGAAUUGUACUAUUUAUUU